UUCAGAAGCUGUGUUGGACACCAUGGGGGCUUCAGCGAUUCCUGUCAUUUUAAUGACGCUCUUUUGGGGUCUGGUGGGCAUUGUCCUGCCCAUCAUCCUCCCCAAAGGACCAAACAGAAGUUUGAUGCAGUGUAUCCUGAUCAUUACAGCCAUAUCUUGCUGGUUAUUCUGGUUGUGUUGUUACAUGCACCAAAUGAACCCACUUAUUGGACCUUCACUUCAUAACACUACUAUCAUUGCUCUAAAUGAAUUUUGGAAAUAAUCAAGAGGAGGAGGAUGGUCUGCAGUUCCCGAGGAGCGCUACUUGAAAAUUACUAAGAAUCCAAAAGGUUUUGUUUUAACAGGACUUGAUACAGUAUUUAUAUGAAACUUUAGUGGAGAUUUUAUUCAUUGUUGUGUUUGUAUUAGGAUUUUUGCUCUGUAUACAGUAUUUAAGAUUCUGUUAUGAAUAGACAAACAUUUAGUAAAUGAAGUUUCUGGAAAUAGCAUAUUAUUAGAAGAAAAUUUCUUCUGUGAAUGUAGCAAAUUUUGAAGAAAACGACAUUUAUUUAAAAUAUGAGCUGUAAAAAAUCCAAGAUUGAAUGUGCCACACCUUAUUUGGGCAUUAUGAAAUAUUAUAAAUGUUAAAUUAAUAAGUUUUAGUGAAUUAUUUUUUUUUUUAAAUACUGAACAGUGCUGGUUCAAUUAUCCAGAUUACAGUAUUUUCUUAAUGUGUUCCAGUGAUAUAACAUUGUUGUGGGACAUUACAUUAACUGGAUAAAAAAAAAUAAUGUGUUCAACUGUUGAACUAAAUUCUGGAUAAUUGAGAUAUCGCUAUACUGUACUGGUUACUGAAUACAGUAUCUCAACCGUUUGGUGUUAAUAAAAGGUCUAUCUUAACAGGGGAAGAGAUUUAUUCUGAACACUAUAAAAACUGACUACUGAGUAAUACUGAGUCUUGAACAUUCAGAUUUUUUAUGUUUUACUGUACAGUACUGUACCUUUUUGAGACAAGUGACUAUAUAAUUUGGUUACUUCAUAAGCUCUUACAGAUAUUGUUACUUUAUUGAACUUGUUUAACUAAUUUUGAUAAUGUGAGUCAUACAGGAUUGCAGGGUCAGUGUUUAACAUACUUAAUAUUUAUUGGUGUGAUAUUGUGUAGGUUAUUAUUGUACUGUAAACAUCUGACGGGGGUGUAUAUGCUAGCAUUCCAGUUCUCCCUUCUCUUGAAAUCAAAAUCCAUUUUAGGCAUAAAAAAAAUGGCAUUUGAAAUACUGUACUACCCUGGUUCAAACAGUGUAUGAAGACAAUAUCCUUAGAAGUACUGGUGCAAUUAAAGUGUGUGUUUACCGUCAUAACAAUAAUUAAUAAGAGAGAGUAUCGUCAUCCAUGUCAUUGACAAAUUAAAGAACCCUUGCUGUUUCCUUUUUUUUGGACUUUCCUGCUUUAGUAGUUUUUACAUUUUUUGAUUGUCAGGAAAGUUUAAUAUCUACCCAUAACAUUGGAGUGAGGGUGUCUUGAGUUUCAGAAAAUAGUACAGUAAUAGAUUCGAUGUAAAGAGGCUAGAGAUAGAUUCUGUAACUCUGUACUGUAUCUUGACAUUAUACACUUAUGUUAGUGCAAAGCAGAUCAAAAGCGGGUACUGCCAUCUGAAGGUCUUAAUAUUGACUUGGUGUUUCAUGUAUUUUAUAAAUUAUAUAGUAAAAGCAUGCACUGAAAUUAAUGUAGUUACUUUCAAGAUAAUUUGUAUUUUGGCAAUUAUAAAAUACCAUUAGAAUGUAUUAUAACAAAACGUUUAUCUUAAUUAUCCAUAAACUGUUGUUAUUUUAUUCCAAUGUUGUGGAAUCUCUUCAAUUCCUAACAUUUCAGUGCCAUUGAAUGCUAUCAAUAAUAACACUGAAGCACAGAUGCUCUCGAAUCUCACGACAAAAGACCUUUUUUAAUGCCAAAGAAUAUUUUGUAUAAAGCAUUAAUUAUUGCAAGAUUAAAAAUACAUGUAAUGAAAUAUGAUAUCUGGACCUCGGUCUUAACUAAGGCAGUUAACUCAAAAUGGUAGCUAUUCAUGUUUCAUUAUUUUCAUUCUGUUAAGACAUGAAUUUUGUAAAUGAACUACUAACUUCUGUGCAGUCUGGGUCACUUGAUGCCUUGGUGGGCACAAAACAUUUCUAGUCCUUUCUAUUGGGUCUUUGUAGGCACUUGACAUUCCUUCAUUCCGAUAUCACAUUGUAUCCCUGCAUGGUGGCCAUGUAUUGUCUGAUUCAUUCUAUCAUUGCAAUGGUGCAUCAUGUAUGAUGAUGGGAAAAUUUGAUAUUGAAGUCUUAUCCUGUGUUAAGCAACAAAAGAUGAAUAUUCUGUAAAAAGUAUAAUUGAUUUAAAUUACUUUUUAUGCCUUAUUGAAUCUUGUUUGUGCAUUGGAUGAAAUGCCUACAACAAAUUAUGGAUAUUUUGCAGUUUUAAGUAGUUUAUCCAUCCUUUGGACAUAAUAUCUCAACAUUUUGGAUAGGUAAUGUUGUCUUGAUAUAUUUAACAGGUUAAUAUCACCUUUGAUAGGUAAAAUGAUGUAUAAUAAGCAAAUGACGAUUAUAUAAAAUACUUUUGCUCCAUACUGCAGUUUAAUCGUUCAUCUUUCAAAACCAUUAUAGCAGAGGAAAAAUCCUGCAUAAUUUUAAAGGCUUUUUUUAUUCAUAGACCUUUGAAUUAAAAAAUGAAAUACCUUUUAUGCAUUUAUACAAGACAUUAUUUUUUGUUAGACUGUUGAGUGGUUAUGUUUGUUAUCCUGUUAAUGUGGGUAGAGCUUAGAACAAAUGUGAUUAUUUUAACAGGAUUGACAGCCUAGUCAUUGAAGUCACUGUCAAAUAUAUAGCUGUCAUACACAU